UACAACCACAAGUGUGAAUAUACAUGUAGACGACUUCAAGAUGGACCUUUCAGCUGAUAAAUUGACACUUAAUAUUGAGGAUAUUCUGAUUGAAAGCUAUGAGUUGGACAAGAUCCAGCCACGGUAUGAGGCUACCUUGGUGAUAUCUCCACAAGAUGAAUUGGCAUCAGUGUCAAUUCCAUGUCAAGAUGUUUGAUGCAUAUAAUAAUCACGUAUUCAAAGGUUUGGAAGUUGAAUUGAACUUGGAUGGAUUUCGAUUUGAAGACCAAUUGGGCAUAAAGCGUAAGGUGGACGAUUAUGGAUGUGUUGACCUUAGUGGCCUGUUGAAAGUAACAGCUGGUUAUGGAAAAAGUGUAUCAAUUUCUAUUUUAUCUGAUAAUGAAGUCAUUUUCAAUCAAGAGUUUCGAACUCAGAAAAGGGAACUGAGAAUUGUAUCUGGGGUGCCUGAGUGUUGUCCUGUUGGUUCUCAACUUGAAAAUAUAGUUUUUGAGGUUGUUGAUUCCAAGGGUGAUGUUGAUGCAACUAUCCAUGAUAAUGAGAAAGGUGGCCAAUCCCAUACACUCACUAUAAGGUCAAAAUCUAUUGGCACAGAAGAUUCAAUUCGGUAUGCUUUCAGGCAUGGGCGCUGCACUGUUCCUGCUAUUCCCCUUCCUCAGUGUGAGGGUUGCUUUUGCUUUGUAGCUGUGCAUUCUCGUUACACAGAGCUACAUCUAAGCAUCAAGGUUCCUCUUUUGCAAAGUCCAAAAACGGAGUACAGUGAGAUACCCUCAUAUUCUGAUGGGAAGUUACUACUUCUCGAGGGCUCAACUCCCCUCAAGCAGGGAGGAGACCUUGCGGUAUCCAUCAUUAAGAUUGAGAAGGAACUUGAGAAUGAAAUUUGUAAAUAUGGUUCGCGUAUCAAGAAUCAUGAAAUGGCAUUGAAAAUUGUUGAUGAUCAAACGGCAGAAAUCAAGCAAGUCUUGUCUCAAUUGCAAGCUUCAACAGAACGUCAAAUUUUGACUGAUCCAUACUCCUUGCUUACAAAAGAGGAAAUAACAAGACGGAUUGAAAGCAGGGGUCAAUCUGCCGCUGCUGUUCUCUAUUGUGUUUGUAAGAAGUUUCCACUCCAUGAAUCAAGGACUGAUUUCAUUGAAGAUAUUGUUGGCCUUGUAGCACUUAUUGGAAGAGCAUGGACCAGCAAGCUUAGCAGGAUGUUAGCGGAGUACUUGGGUGAAGAUCAAAUGCUUGCUUUGGUCUGUAGAUCCUUCAGAGCAGCAUGUGCUCUUGAGGAGUAUGAAAAAAAUGGAGAAAUUAAUUAUACACUUGGACUACAUGGAAAAGCAGCUGAACGUGGAAAGUCUAUAGUUGGCCGAUUUCUUGUUAUAUGCCUUGAGGAUAUGAGGCCCUACACAGGGGCGUUGGAUGGCAGUGACCCUCAGAGGUGGCUAGCCUUGCCAGAGCCUAUCUUACCAUGUGGGGACACCCCACCAGGUUUUAUGGGGUAUGCAGUUAAUAUGGUUGACCUAGAUGAGCAUCAUGUUUGCACGAGGACAGAUGCAGGUGAUGGUCUUAGGGAGACUUUGCUCUACCAACUCUUUGGUGAGCUUCAAGUUUACAGAACCCGUGAAGACAUGAUAGAGGCUCGCGCUUGUAUAAAGCAUGGUGCUAUAUCUCUAGAUGGUGGGAUUUUGAAAGAGAAUGGACUUAUCUGUCUUGGGCAUUGGAAUCCAACAAUAUGUUUUCCAGUUGUUGGGCAGGUAGAUAUGCUUCCAUCUUCAGAAAUUACGGAAAAAUGGAACCAAAUUGAAGAGAAGAAAUUGAAGUUAGGUAAGCUCAUGUGCUUAAAAGAGAAACACACUACAGCUCUAAAGAAAACUUUGAAGAAGUUUAAUAAGAAAAAAGAGAAGUAUAAGGAACAUAUGUUUGAAAUCAGUCCAACAUUGAGAGAGUAUUACUUGGAAUAUGGAAAUCCAGAGGAAGAAUAGUUGAGAAAUCUCUCUUAGAUGAUCUAGUUCAUCCGUUUUACUGCUGUAUAGUUGGAAAAUGUAUAUGUUUGUGGAUAUCCAUAGUACCAUAGCAUAGGAGGGAAAAUUUACAAUUGUGAAUGCCAUAGAACUGAUAGUGAUAGAUUAACUCAGAGGAAUUAAAGAGUUUAUGCCAUAGAAAUCAUAGAUCAACUCCAAUCCCUUUAAAGAGUUUAUGCCAUAGAAAUGAUAGAUUAUAGCAAAGUGAAUCACUUGGGAAAGUGGUAGGCAGUUUGCCAAUCAAUACAUCUUUUUCUUCUGUAUUUAACCUUAAUUAUCUCUUUCCUCUAAUGCUUCUAAUUUAAACACAGUAUUUUGAAGGUUGAAUGUAACAGUGGUGUAGAUUUUGUUAACUGUUUGUUUUGAUAUGACUUGUAUCUGGGAUUCUUCUGGAUAUUGCUGGCUUAAACUUGGCCUAUCAAACGUUGGUGAGUAAUCAGAGGGCAGUGGAUUCUGGAAAUACAUUUGCAUUUUGAUACUGAUCUUCUGCAUUUGUAGUUCUAAAAUGCUUUAUC